CUGGCAGUGUCAAAGUCAAACGCAGUGUGGACUUCAAAACACAAAUAAUGUCUAACACAACCUUCCUGGGUGAAACUGAUCUAGAUUAGUCUGAUGCUUAGCCAUGGACGAAGAGGACAGCCAAGAUGAGCUGAUCAACAGGAAUGUCUCCCAUGGAAAAGGCAAAAGACCUGCCAUGUCCAUAAUCUCUGAUGACGAGGAUAUCUCAGAAGAUGGGGGCCAAUCAGAAGAAGUAGAAACAGACAGUGAGGAAGAUGAUGAUGAAGAUGGUGAGGAGGAGGAGGAAGUUCUAAAUGGAGAGGACGAGGAAGAUGAGGAGGAGGAUGAAAGUGAAAACGAGGACUCUGGGAAGGUCCUGGAAGGUGCUGUAGAGAAUGUACUGGCUGAUGCGGCGGGUCUGAGCUCAGAUGAGGACUCUGAGAAAUGCCCCAUCUGCCUGAACUCAUUCCACGAGCAGCCGGUGGCCACCCCAGAGGCCUGUGAACACUACUUCUGCCUGGAUUGCAUUCUGGAAUGGUCAAAGAAUGCCAACUCCUGUCCUGUGGACCGGAUAGUCUUCAAAAGAAUUCUCCUGAGAAAGUGUUAUGGUGGGAAAAUCCAGAAAACUAUUGCAGUUCAGAAGCCGUUAAAACCCGGACAGGAGGAGCAGGUGGAGCUGUAUUUGGAUCAGACCAGCUGUGAGGUUUGCAGAGGUCGAGAUCGUGAAGAUCAUCUCCUGCUUUGCGAUGGUUGUGACGCAGGGUACCACAUGGAAUGUCUCACACCCCCUUUGGAUGCCGUACCUGUUGAGGAAUGGUUCUGCCCAGAAUGCAUUGCCAACAACCGGAGCUCAGGCUCUGAUCAGAUCAGUGAAGAGGAGAGCAGUCUUCCCACCACCAGCCGUUCCCAAACCAGAGCCACUCGAGCCAUCGCACGGACCCAGCAGAGUGAACGAGUUCGGGCCAACGUCAACAGACAUCGCAUCACACAGGCACGCACUGCAGCACAGCUCACUCCCAGAAAUCUGAUGCAGUCCACUUGGUUGGAUGAGACAAUCAACGCUGUAGUGGCCGGACUCAACACCGCAGUGUAUGUGCGAGACUUCACGCAUCGCUCCAGGUCACGCAGGAGGAGAAAGACAGUUAAAAGAAGGAAAACCAAAAGCAAAUCUUCUGGAGUUUCUGGAGGAAAGGCGAACAUGGGAGUGAAGAGACGAAAACGCAGACUGAGGAAGUCAAAAUCAAGAAGAAAACUGGUUGUACGGAAGGAAACUAAUUCCAGAAGUCGCAUUGCACAAAGCUUAGGGAUUAAGAAGCCUAAACCCGGUUCCAUUAUUCCUUCAGUUUAUCGUCCAUCUGAAUACAGUUUAGGCAGCAUGCGGGCAGAGAUUGGAGCUGCCCCUCUCUCUGUGUAUGGAGACCCCUUUGACCUGGACCCCUUCGACGAUAGGGAGGAAGAGAUACAAGCUCCAACACCAUACUCUGUUCUGGAUGCCAAGCGCCGUGGCCUCUCCCGGUCUGCCAUGCGGUCCCAUCAGCCUGUUGCCAGACCUAUUCCUGCCGGCCUCUCCAGACGAGGUACGAGUAUCCCGCAUGUUGAAGAGGUUGCAGCGGAAGCCCCUUUAUCAGACCUAUUGGGGAGUAUCCUCAGUGGUCAGAACAUGCUCCUCAUGGACAGUUCUGAUGUGGUCAUCAACAGAGAUGGCUCUCUGAAGGCAACCAAACCAGUGUGCUUGUCCUUGCUAAGGAGCACGACCUCUAGAAGGUCAGGCUCAGGGGAUACGGGAAACUCUCCAAACUCAGAAACAAGUUUUAUUUCCCCUACUGAACUGGCUGGACCUUCCUCCAGCCCCUUGUGGAGGCCCCCAUCAGCACAUAGUUCCCCUGGUUCCUGUCCCACACCACAGAAUCCCAUGUCUCCUUGUCCACCCAUAAACUCUCCACAUCUUCCCUACUCUCACCCAUCUCCCAUGGGACAAUCCCCCUUGCAUCUGGGGGGUCCUCAUAGAGCAAUUGUUUUAAAUCCACCAAGACCUGUAAAUGGUCCCUUGAACACCAAUGAGAUUAGAGGUCAGCUGAACUCAGUGGUAUCAAGCAACCCUUCUGACUCCCACUAUCAAGACAAGGACAGUACAGCCAGACAGUCACCUGUCAAAAAGCCCCCUCCCAAGCCUGUAUGGGUGGAUGUUUCUGUUUUGCCAAGAAUACCAAAAAUUAAAAGAGAGGGUACAGCCAGUGCAAACAGUAGCAGUUGUUUGCCUGGGUCUUCCGUGACCAGUUUAGCAGGCAAUUUAGAAAGGGAACGUACAGUUGACCAGCAAGGGACAAGUCAACAAAGCAGGGAAAUGGAUGCUCAGAGGCAGAGACCAGAGAGAACUGGUGCUUCCUCCACAUUUUCGAGCUCUUUCACUUCUACCACAUCUUCCUUUGGUGCUUCUUCAAACUCACGGCCAUCCUCCUCUUCUGUCAGUUUCCGCAUUAGCUCUAGUGGAAACCCGUGGCACGCUCGGCGACUUACUGCAUCAGGAGGGACUCUGCCUGCGAAUGAUGAGGAAUCCAUAAAGAGGAAUAAAAAGAGUAAACAGAUGCUUUUGUCUUUAAGAACGCAGGAUAAAAAGGUCAAAAGUGAGGUCUAUGACCCCUUUAACCCUACGGGAUCAGAUUCCUCCGAUGAUGAAACAGAAAAUGAGGGUCCUGACGUUAGAACGCAUAAUACUGACUCAAGAGUGCCAGUUGGACCCAAUGAGGAUGGCUGCCAUCAAAUCAAAUCUGAGCCUAUGAAUGUAGAUACAUCAGAUACAGAGAGGGGCUCUGAAAUGUCUGCAGAAGUUAAACCUGAUCCAGAAUCUUUCAGGGACAAAUUGUGGACACAGGAAGUGCAUAAUUCAGAUGCAGUCCCACUUCAGACACCCUCAAAUCUUGCUGUGGAUUGUAGUAGAAGCGAAGCAGUGAUGAAGACUGAAGAGGGUGGAACUCCUGAAAGCCUGUCUUGGAAAAUUCAGGAGAACUCUGUAUCAAGCUUGUCAUGCAAUGAUCAGAACAUUAAGAUGGAGGUGAUGUCUGAGCCUGAGGAUAGACCUCCACCGGUCAGACGCCAAUCAAAGUCUCUCGAGGAGUCUGUAGUGAACCUAAAACAGGAUUCCCAAGGGAACGGGGUGUGUGAAGAGCUCCCAUCAUCCAGUGGUUCUUUUAAUGCUACUCACAUGGCAAAGGUGAUGAAGGAAAGACCUUGCCAGUCCAAGGAUAGGAAACGAUCACCAUCCAAUUCCCAAAGCCCUCCACCUAAAGACUCUCACAAAAAGAAACCCUCAAGUUCAAAAGACAAGAGGUCCCGCUCAAAGUCCAGGGAUCGGCGGCGAUCCCGUUCAAAAGAGAAGCAACGCUUUCGCUCAAGAUCGAAAGAGCGGAGACGUCCACGUUCGAGGGAUAGGAGGUGUUCCUCUAGUUCGAGCAGUAGAGAGAGGAAGACAAGUGGUAAAAGAACAAGUCGUGAGAAGAAUGACAACAGAGGUAGAGAAAGACAAAGGAAAAGAUCGAAAGAAAAAAGGCGUUCUCGUUCUCGCUCAUUUUCUAGAUCCAUCGAAAAGAGGAAGGUAUCGAAGGAUCAGGGUGAGGCAAGAUCAAAAAGGCAAAAGUCAAGAUCACGGUCAACAACAAGAGACCGAAAAAGGCAAGAAGCCCGAUUGGAGAGCUCUCGGCGUACGGGAAAACCCCUUUGUGAGACGGGCGAGCCUACGUCCGCUGAAUUAAAUGAGCCUGCUCUAAGUGCAAACAAGACUUCAACCCCUUUAAUGACAGAAAAAUAUGGAACACAUGAGGCCGAGACAGUUUCAUUGUCAUUGUUUAAACAAGAGAUGCAUUCAGUUGGGAUCACAACCCAUGUACUUGGGUCAAGGAGUGGUGACCUGACCAGAACACUUAAAGGAAGUAAGGAAGACAUUGCACUUGAGGUGUCAAAUGAGCCUCACACAUAUAAGCCCAAAGAGUUUAAAAAAGUGGAACCGUGGCCUAUUGGAGCAGUCAAGGAGUUGAAAGAUAUCAAAAAAGAGGAACCCUGUCUCAACUUAUGUGAAGAAUUAGAUGGUGUUAAAGACACAAAGGAAAAUAUUUCUUUAGACUUCUUCAAAGGAUCACCUAAACAGAAUGAAAUGGAGUUGCACAGUGCUGGUUUAGAAAAGAGCCAAGCUGGCUUUCAAGAUGAUAAAAUUAAAGCAAAGGAAAUGGUUGUUGAACCAAAACAGAUAAAAAUUGAACAAAUAUGGCCUGAUGAAGACGAUUCGCCAUGCUGUAGUGACAACACACUUCUCAUCAAUUUGGAUACACCUGAUAUAGACUCUGAGAACUGUAAAAAGGAGACCACUGAGAUAUAUCGGUCACCUUUGAUGACAGAGAAUAUAGAGAUGGCACCUGUCCAACCACCAGGCCCAAUUAAACAAGAAGUUAAUUCCUCAGAUGAAGAUAUCAGUGUUGAUUACUUGAUCGACAACUUGGACUUCAUUAAGAAAGAAAUGAGUGAGAGCUCUGUGACCGACUCUACAGAUGCUGUUGACCCCAAGUCUGCCAUCGAAGAGGCUCAAUCAGGGAAUAAAACAUCGGAAGCGGUCAUAGUUGGUGCUAAGUCUAAGUUACAAGGAAAGCGAGUUACUUGGAAUUUGCAGGAACCAGAGGAGCCCCAGUCUGAAAAAUUAAGCAAACUUGCACUCUUCAAAUUGAAACUCAAACAAGAGGGGUCACGAAGAUCUACCACCUGUCCACAAACCUUCAAUCAGGAUAAAGCUUCAACUCAGGCUGAAUCAAAACUCACAGCAACUGUGCCCAGCCCACCAUCUCUAGACUCUUGCAGACCAAAAUCCCAAAAGCAAGAAGUUGUACAGGACCCCAAUCAGAAAGAGAAGUACAUGAAGAAACUUCACAUGCAAGAGCGAGCAAUAGAAGAGGUCAAACUGGCCAUAAAGCCCUUUUACAAGAAAAGAGAGAUCACUAAGGAAGAGUACAAGGAGAUCUUGCGUAAGGCUGUUCAGAAGGUGUGUCAUAGCAAGAGUGGUGAGAUCAACCCAGUGAAGGUAGCUAACCUGGUCAAAGCCUAUGUGGAUAAGUACAAACAUGCAAGGAAACACAGGAAAGAGGAAACGGUGCAAAACCAAAACACAGAUGCCCCAAAAGACUUCCAGACUUCAGUGUGAGGCUAAGUGCCACAUCCUAUUUAAACAAUAGCUAUAGAUUUGAUUGUUUUUAAAAUGUGAAAUUCUACAUCGAAAUAUGAAACUCUAAGGGCUCUUAAGUCAUGUUAUCAGUUAUCAAACUGACCUGUUUUUUGAUUGUUUGUUUUCUUUUGUUUGUAAAGAUCAUUCGUUAAAAAAAAAAAAAAGAAAAGAAAAGAGUAUAUGGGUGUGUCUGAAAUACAGCUUAUGUUGAAAAUGUAUAGGUUUGCCAUUGUUUAAAACAAGUCUUCAUGUGGGUGUUGAGUUCUGAUGGUAUUUUAAGCUUUUGAUCCAGUAGAAUGGGUGAGUUGUCAGACAGGCUCUAGCCUCCAUGUAAAUAACAGCUAAUAAUAACACUUCUUUGAAUGUGUGGGCUUAAAGGAUUGUUCUGGGUUCAAUGCAUAUUAAACUUAAUGGACCGCAUCUGUGACAUGCUGUCGAUAGGAAAAUUCUUUACUAAUUAAAAUGUUUAAGAGCAAACGGAAAACAAACCUUGACCAUUCCUUUAAAUUCUUUAAAGAAGCUGUUUUUGUAUAUUACUGGGUUUUUUGAUUUGCUUCUUUAGCUUGAAUCCAGCUUGAAACUGAAACGAUCCACCCUGGAGAACGUGAAUUUUGAUUUUUAUUAUUUUUCAUGAAUAAUGAAUGUAAUGUUGUUUCGAGGAAAUCUGUAGGAACCUGUUACAGUGUGUCAGUGCAUUGUUGAACAUCAGCAGGGUCAUACAUGUAUCAUAACCUAUGGGACAUGCUGUGAUAUCACCGAAAGUAAUAUUUAUUUCAAUUGAGAUUUCAUGUUUAAACAAUCAGUAUGAAAUAUUUUUAUUUACUAACUGGACAUAAACGGUAAAACAAGCAGCAGACCUAACUCUCAUCUAAUGGCUUAAUUUGAUAGGGUUAUGUAAAGUCUCAAGAGGUAUACACAAGGUUCUCCCUUAAACACUUUAACAACUUGAAUGUACUUUCUCUGUUCAACUUAAACAUGUGAACAUGUAUAUUUAAGCUGAACUGAAGUGUAUAGCAGAUUUCCUUUAAAAUCCUGUUAACUGAAUGUGUUUGCCACUUGUAUUUCUGAUUCUUGAUAUUGGUUUCUGUUUUUGGUGUCUUGUUGAAUUCAGACAUGUAUAUGAAGACUAGAACCCUAAAAAUUCAAAUGAACCACCUUAAUGGGCAGAGACAGAUUAAUUGUGGCCUCAUCUGAACCGCAAACCCCUCAUUGACUUUUAAAGGUUUGCUUUAAAUAGAGAUGCUUCUUAAAUGUAUAGCCUUUUUUUCCUUUAUGCCUUACUAAUGUUUUAAUGUAAAAAUAAGAAAAGUUAAAGAUAAAAGAGUGCAGGCUGAAACGUGUAAGGUUUUCUGAAAAGGUUGCAUUAUGAUAUUUUAAAUGGUUUGAAAAGUGGUUUGUAAUAUUUUUGAAAAUCAUUUGACUUGUACUGGUUUCAUAUCAUGGUAAGAUGUACAAAAUGCUUGGCCUGUUUUCCUGUGGUGUUUUGGAUUCUUGAGUUUUUCACAUCAACCCUGAGAAGAGUUUGUCUGUGAACUUGAUGGCCUCAACUGUCACAUUACAUCAUGUUUGAUGUGAACUGGAGGAUCCACAUUGCUGUUUUGUAAAUAAUUUUAAGUACUUUAAUAAAAAACAUUA